UCCGUAGCGACCGGCGAAGAGCGGCCUGCGCAUGUCAAGGCUGGCAACACAUUCGGCAAGGGGGCGGCCCUGGAGAGGGGCGGCUUGAUCACCCAAUCACCCAGCGUCGGGGAUCCACAGGAUCCAGGGGCGCGCUCCACGGAAGGGGUUCCUUCCUUCUACCACCUCUGAGAUCACCAACCCUACGGGAGCUCCCGCCUCUUUUCCAGCCCCCGGAGGACCGCCCGGGAGCCCGGGCCCCUGUGUACAAGACUGAGGUGGAACAAAUUCUGUAGCCCAGACGACGGCUGGAGUGGGGACACACCCAGGCCGAGAAGCCUGCCGGAGCUCCUGAGUCUCGGAGGAUCUAAGUCGGAGUGUCGCUGUCCCCAGGGGUGGGGAAAGCUCCAGAAACCACUUACAGAAAAAGAUGCCUGCCUUCAACAGAUUGCUUCCCCUAGCAUCCCUCAUGCUCGUCUACUGGGUCAGAGUCUGCUUCCCUGUGUGUGUGGAAGUACCCUCGGAGACGGAAGCCGUGCAGGGCAAACUCAUGAAGCUGCGCUGCAUCUCCUGCAUGAAGAGGGAGGAGGUGGAGGCCACCACUGUGGUGGAAUGGUUCUACAGGCCUGAGGGCGGUAAAGAUUUCCUUAUAUACGAGUAUCGCAAUGGCCACCAGGAGGUGGAGAGCCCCUUCCAAGGUCGCUUGCAGUGGAAUGGGAGCAAAGACCUGCAGGAUGUGUCCAUCACUGUGCUCAAUGUCACGCUGAACGACUCUGGCCUCUACACAUGCAACGUGUCCAGGGAGUUUGAAUUUGAGGCACACAGGCCCUUUGUGAAGACCACGAGACUAAUACCCUUGAGAGUCACUGAAGAGGCGGGAGAAGACUUCACCUCCGUGGUCUCAGAAAUCAUGAUGUACAUCCUCCUGGUCUUCCUCACCUUGUGGCUGUUCAUUGAGAUGAUCUACUGCUACAGAAAGGUCUCCAAGGCUGAAGAGGCAGCCCAGGAAAACGCGUCUGACUACCUUGCUAUUCCUUCAGAGAACAAAGAGAACUCCGUGGUGCCGGUGGAGGAAUAAUGCGCUGUGACUUGAGGCAUAGCAGUCCCGCCCUCUGGGUACUUUAAGUUAAUGGUCAAGUCACAAUGCCUUCCAUUACGUCAAACCCUUCAGAAGCUGAAGAAUGUUGCACAGCCCAAUCCCCUUGCUCAUGAUAACAAAGCCAUAACAAUUCUCUCAUUCCCUCUUUGGUACAAAUGGAUUUGGGGAGGGCUGAGCUGGACUUUCUCAGUGAGUUCUUCUGUUGUUGCUAGGUGAUCUGAGCACUGAGGGAGUUGGAUAUUCCCAGUUCAGUGAUGUCAGCAGCAUCAGCAAGGUGCCCCGAGAAUCCCAAGCAUCUGUCUUUCUAUUCAUCAACCACCCACCCCAACUGUGAGAUUUUAUCUGAUUUCCAAGCUCUAUUGGAACUCUACACAUCUUGAAUGAACUGAAGAGCCAACAUCUUUACAUGAACUAAACCUCGCUCUGUCCUUGCUUUCAAGCAAGCAGCUCCCAACUCAACUAAAGUUGUCCCUUAUGCUCCAAAUGACUUUAGACAAGUACUGGAGAGUAGUGUUUCCUCUGCCCCAACUGUCUGCCAUUGGGUCGUUCUCCACUGCUACAAAAAGAAUGAAUAUACACCAGAAGGAAGCACCAAUUAGUUUGGGUUAAAGCCAAAGCAUGUCAUACACUUCGAUUCACUGACAUCAGUUUUUCUUAAGUCCAUGGCCUGCUUCUCAGAGCACCAGAAAGCAGCAUGCUCCUCCAAGGUUUCUGGAAACAUCUUCUGUGGGGACUGGUAUGCUUUCUGGAGCUUAGCGUUUCAGGGCUAGAUCUCCGUAAUCCCAAAGGCCUGGAGCAAACCCAGAACUUCCAAGAGACCAAGGAAGGAUCCAGGGCAAUUUCAUUAGGCCUUGAAAGUGAUACAACAUACUCCUGAUAUUGGAAACAUGGAUGUGUGUCCUUUCUGGAUUGAAAUUGCUCAGCUGUUCCCUUCUUAGUGUCUGUGGAUCAGUAUUAUUCCUCAUUUUACAGGAGGCAGCUGAGACUCACACAGGGAUGAACAGAAGCUUUAGGGGAUUAAAGAUUUCAGUGCUACUAAUCUCACAUUCCCUGAGACGGAAGAUGUUUUUGAAGACCCUGACACUCAGCUUGACUAUAGCCAUGCCACUUGCCCAGCAGAGGCUAACAAUCACAGGUUCCAGGAACUGCAAGCCAGGCAAGAGAACACAGAAGGCAUGAGACAGACCUGCAGAAUCUCGCAUGAAUAUAAAGCAUCCUUCAGAAGACACAGCACCUGAAGAUGAUAUCUAUACAGACGAGAAAUGUCUUAGCCUGACAUGGAAGAUGAACACAAUGGCAAAGAUAGGUGUGUAGCUUCUAAAUACCUCACCUGUAGAUCUGUAAUGUCUGGUAUUUGAUGUUUGUGGGCCCCCCGUCCCAUUCAGGAGAGCAUAGAAAAGGUGAGAAGACCUUAGUCAGCAUCUCAUUAUCUCAUUUUAAUGACUGUUCUAAGUGCAAUAUUCUUUAGCCUAUACAGAUAGAAAGGACAGGAGGCCUUAUGGGAUAUAAAAUGACAGAAGUGGGAUUCCAGAAGAGAAAUGUCCCUCAGAUCUGAGGAGAUCUCUAAGAAAUACCAUUCUCCACUCCCACGGGGGCUUGUAUGAGAAGCUCAUUCUCACCCCUCCCAUCACGGGGCAUACUUGAAACAAGACCCUCAUCCUAUAUGAAAAGAGUAAUUUUGUUAGAGAAAAUAUUUGCAAUAAAUUCAAGACCCUUCUUCUCAUCGGCGACUUUUCCACCCCAUGCUUCUGAAAUAAAAGAGACAACCAAACACCUUUUUCAUACUUUACAACUAGAGAAAUACACUUGAAUUAAUGCAGCAUUUACCCAGCCAUGGGCUGGUUGGUCCAGACCUUGUGGUGGUAGCAAGCUACUCCCUCCAUCCUACUGUCUGCACGAUUAUGCAUCUAACCCUUGAUGAGGUGGUAUGUGUAACUGCCUUUUCCUCUUUAUUUAAAUACUUCCUAAACAGAAUUCCAACCUAGAUAUCAGAAUUCAUAACAAAGCUGGAUGGCACCAAUCAUAUGUCCCUUACAAGACAGUUUCUCUUUCCUGUUCCCUUCUCUAAAAUGGCAAUUUUUCUCAUCCUCGGUACCUGUUUUCUUACACCUGGAGGGCUUGCGAAGCAUCCUUUUCUCUCCUCCACAACCACUCCAGUGGUAUGAAUGCUGUUGAUGCUCCGUGUUACAAUGAAGAAACAGAGGUCUUCUGACAUCAAAUAGCUUUACAAAAUCAUCAGGUCACCUAGCCUCCUGUACUCAGAGCUAGGGUCCUAGUCCUCACUCACCCACCUCACUUGGCUUCCCAAUUACACCAUCACUGCUUCUUCUCGUCUUUCCCUCCCUCACUUUUGUCCAGCCCUUUCUUCUCUCCAUUGUCCUCUAAGCUUCCUACUCUACAGCUUCUUUACUCCUGCCUUCUUGAUGGAUGCUAGACGCAUGCUUUGGGAGUCCAUCCCAUUCUAUUGUCGUCUAGUUUGUUUACAUGGUGGUUUACCCAGAAUCACAAUUGAACUUCCUUAUGGAAGAUCAUGAUGGUAACCUACAAGGUCUGGCACUCACCAGCCUACUUCAAAUCAUCACCAUCUCCAUUUCUUCCCAUACGUCAACUCAGAAUCCCAGACUAGACGUGUGCAGGCUGGAGUGUUGUCUGGUGUGCUCUCGCUUACCAAAGGGCUAGAAGAGCUCUCAAGGGCUAUAAUCAUUUAGAAACCCCAUUGUUUGUCUUGGUGCUGGGUAUUUCCUGUGACUGAUCCUCAAUCAUUUACUGAAGGUCACACUAGGCUGAGUCUGGUUUUCCCUUUCUUGCUGCUUAACAGCUGUGAAUUUGACUACUCAACUCAGCUGUCCAGAAGGCAUCUUGUCCUAUGACUUUUACUGUCAGCUAGAUCUCAAAUCAAACCCCAGUCCUCAAGGGGAAAUACCCAGUGCUUGCUCCUGUCUCAGACUUCACUUUCAGUCCAUUUGAUAGCAUUGUUCUUUGGUCUCUCUGCCCUUAAAUAACUGUACAUGCGAGCUUUCUUUUGAAUGUCUGGGGUCGCUCUAGACAUCUGCUAGAAUUAGUAGAAGACAGCAGUGGGGUUAAGGAAGAGUAGGGCUGAGGAGAGAGCUCACUAGGUGAUGUGCUUGCCACACAGUCGUGAGUACCUGGGUGCUGUCAGGCAUCAUGGUACACUCUGGUGCUCCCUGUGCCAGGGAGGAAGAGACUGGAAGGUCUCUUCUGGGCCUCGCUAACCAGGUCACCUGGCCUGGCCAACUUGGUGAGCAACAGGCAAGUGAGAGCCUGUCUCAAAAACCAAAAACCCAACAAGGUGGACAAUGCCUGAGGAAUGACACCCAAGGGUGACUUCUGGCCUCCACAUGUGCAUGCCCACAAGUUAAGGCCUGUAUGAGAACAUGCGUAAAUGUGAACACACACACACACACACACACACACACACACACACACACGAGGCCAGAUCCAGUGGUGCACUCUUGGAAGCAGGAGGAUCAGAAGUUCAAGGCUAGUUCAGCUGCAUAUCGGCAUAGUGGAAGGCUAACCUGGGCUACAUGAGAUCCUGUCUCAAAAAAAAAAAAAAGAGCUAAAAGAAAACACACACACCAAAACAAACAAACAAAAAAUAGUAGCUCACCCUCUCCACAUCACACUACCACCGCAUGUCAAAAAGUAUGAACCAAGCACAGUGAUGCAUGCCUUUUUCAGAAUCUGUGAAUCUACUGGGCACAAACCACAGGGAAAUGUUUGGGAUGACACUUUUGCAGGGAGAGGGAAGAGCUAGAUACACCUCGAAUGUAUCAUCAAUCUUUUCCCAGUUUCACCAGGAAACAAAGUGCGGUAUACACACACACACACACACACACACACACACACACAAACACACACACACCUACCUUCCUCUCAUUUCUGUUUUGUAAAUGAGAAAGCCCCAGUUCUGGGAAUUCACCCAGUCACUGCAAAUGUAUCUAAAUAUGACUUUAGUGUGCUUGCACAGCAAUCUGAUCAUCUAUUGGCUACAUUAAUACACCCUGUAUUGAAUGCUAGGUUCAGCUCUCAAUAGAACCCAGGAUCUUAGGUCUGUAAAAGUGUAUGUGUGUGUGUGUGUGUACACACUUGUGCAUAGGCCCACAAUUCCAGUAAACUCUCUGUUCAUGUCAAUAAAGUGUCUCUGAAGACCACACGCUCCGGGUUUGCUCUGCUCACAACGUGCGUCUGCUGCCCACUCUGCCUCUCACCUAGCAUGCAAUCUGCCCUACUUCCUGCACAGAGAUUAACCUUAGGAAAUGAAAAGUACUCCAAAGUCUCGAGCUAACCAUGCUAGAUGUGGGAUCCGGCCUUUCAGGGCUUCCUGUCCUCUGCACAAAGACAGAAGAGCACAAGAGAAAUGUGCACUCUUGUCUGGCAUCACACAUUCCCUAACCGGGUGUGGAGAUGCCGACUGCAAGGCAAAUCUAAUGUAGGGAAGACUCGGGGGGCUUCCCGUUUAGGGAGCAGCAUCAAGGCAACGCUGUCUUCCAGUACCUAGCUUCCUAACAGGGGCAAGAGCCCCUAAAGAGAAAAGCAUAGCAAGAAAGUGUGAGGAUUCAGUCCAGCAAAAUCGGUUGUGGGGUUUUGCUUAAGGGGAGGCAAAGGUUUCUCUGUGUAAUCCUGGCUGUCCUGGAACUUGCUCUAUAUACCAAGCUGGCCUCAAACUCAGAGAUCCACCCGCCUUUCAAGUGCACCACCACACCCAGUUCCACCACAGCUCUCAGAAUGAUGUUGGUUAAGACUAAAAACAUGGCUCGAGAUAUGGCUUAGUGGUCAAAAGUGCUUGUGGCUCUUCAGGAGGGCCCCAGUUUAUUUCCAAGUACCCAUGUCAGGUAGCUCACAACCCCUGUAACUCCAGCUCCUAGAGAUCAGAUACCCUCUCUGGUCCUCUGAAAGCACCUGUAUUCACAAGCACACACAGACAUGAACAUAUAUACAGAAUUAAAAAUCCAUCUUUUAAAAAUAUGUAAAGACUAAAUUAUUGUAGUACAAUUCCAGCUCUCAUACGAAGUGACAUACAUGCACUUCUUUAUAAAAGACAUUGUCCCUAAACACUGACGAUUGAAAUGAUAGAUGGGACUCACGGCCACACUGAUGGCUAAGAGUGACACAUGAGUGUGUGCUCAGGUAGGACAGUUAAAACUCUCCUCCUCCAAGGCUCUUGGAGCACUGAAGGGGUAGAACAAGUGUAGGACCCAGAGGACAGAAAUUGAUCAUGAUG